AGAUAUCUACAUGUUCUAGUCUAUAUGCUUCCUGGAUAAGCAUGAUCCUCCACCGGUUGUCAUCUCUAACAGAUCUCCUUGGAUAUUGUUGCUCUGUGGUGUUAGGGUCUCCUCCACACAUAAAACGAGGUGCUAACAAAAAACUUGUGAGUUAUUUGCCUCAUGAUGUCUGAAGACUGCUGCGCUCUGAACGCUGACGGCACCCUUAAGGAUGCUUCUGAAAUUACCUUCUUUAACGAUCCUGACGAUGAAGUACCAUUGCCCCAACCAUCCUCUUCCACUACAUCCGCAAAGGACACCUUCUCCAUUCUGCUCAAGGCUGGACGCACCCCAGCAACAGUUGCAGCUGGAUCUAGGCGCUCUGGCUGGCCCUCAAAACUGUCAGCUCGUAUUCGCGAUGUGGACAAUGCCUGCGGUCUGUCUUCGUCAACUAACCCAAGGAAACGUGCUUUAUCCAGCGCUACGGAUCAUCCACCACGCAAGAAAACUGCCAUGCGAAUCUUAUCUCCUCUUGACUCCGAAGAUGAAGAAAUACCCUCUACACCUGAUCUGGGAGAGUCGUCUGCUGACGAGCUGAUCCCCCAACCAGAGGUCGACGAUGAAGUUGAUGAAUCUAAAUCUGAGAACGGGUGCACCACUACUCUUUCAAAAAGCGAACGCACAGCGGACGUUAGGACUAUAUUUACCCGUUUACCUGAUGGGUGGUUUGACAAAUAUUAUCAAGCGCCUCCAGCCCCAGGACUGCAACCCAAGGAGCCAUUGGCCAUGUCAACAACGAAAGCUUCAAUUUGUUAUGGUGCUUCCUGGAUGCGCGACGCUAUCAUGGAACGUCAAGCUACAGACCAUCGCACGCGCGAUCCUCAUCAAGAGCUCUCCGCAUACCUUACUUCACCAUUGGAGGAGACGGAUGACGUUGUCGCGUGGUGGGGUUUACAUUCAAUGCAAUAUCCAACGCUAGCUCGUGUUGCGCGUGAUUACCUGCCCAUUCAAGGCAGUGCAGUCCCAUCGGAACGCGCUUUCUCCAGUGCGGGGAUCACAUCGACUCUGCGCCGCAACGCCCUCGCACCAUCCACAUUCUCCGCGCUACAAUUAAUGAAGGCAGCCUAUAAGAAUGGUCAUGUGUCAGCGGCAGUAGAGGCAGAAGAGACAUGGAAUACCAAAACAUGGAAACAAACCGCACUACUGGAAGCGCACACUGACCGGGUCUGGGCCAUUGCAAUAUCACCAAAUGACCGCAUCCUCGCAAGCGCAUCAUUAGUCUAUACAGUGCUAUUGUGGAACCUCGACAAUGGACAACUUAUCGGUUCGCCCCUACAGCAUGCAAAUUAUUUGUAUUGCGUGUCAUUUUCGGAAGAUGGAAAACUACUAGCCACUGGCUGCCGCGACAGAAACCCGUACACAUGGGAUGUUGCUGCAAUUUUCAGAGAAACCAACCUCGACGACCUACUUUCGGAUUCAAAGUUGGCACUCCAUACUAGUGCUACACAAUAUCCGGUCCAACGACGUCCGCCUGCUUAUCGGAUACCCCAGGGUUUUUUCGACGGAGUUCCACCAAAUCGUUCCCAUUCCUCUGCACGAAGCCGCUCCCACUCCUCAGCAUCACCAGGCAGCACGCUUCUCAGCCGUCUAUUCCACCGCAACCGCAGCCCCUCCAGUGCUCAUGCUACGUCACCAUCCUCCCCUCUUGACUGGGCUCGAAAUAUUCUGAAACGGUGCGCACCACGUGAUGAAGGUAUCAAAUUGCAAGGGCGCAGCCCUGCGGUUGUUGAGGUCCCGUAUGCGAAGGGCAAACGUAGAAAUGCCUGCGCGAGGGAGAAACGAAAAAUACUAUUCCCCUCAAAGAACCCUACUACAAGUAGUUCACGGCCUCCAAAGCCCAAUGUCACCCAGCCAUCUUCGCAACCACAAGCUGUCAUGUCUGGUUCAUCCACCGCACCUUCCGUUGGCGAUGCUACUGGCAUAGCCACAACUUUGACACCUUCACGUCCAGAUGCAACGAUAAGACAGGCUGGACUCUGGACUCGCUUCUGGCUCUUUCUCGGCUGUCUCUCUCCUGAAUACACAGACAGUAAUCAUUAGAUUUUCUCAUCCUUCACGGGUCGCAUGCAAUCACAUCUCUCAACGGACUUUCGAGACACUUUGCCUACCAGUACUCUCUUCAAUAUGUUUCGAGCCAUCCUUUAUGUACGAUACGGAUACUAAAUGAACUCCUCAUCAUCUCCGUCGAAAUGUAGACUACGCAUUCAUUUUUCUGCACCUGCGACAAAGCGCGACCAUUAUAUGAACAUCAACGAUCUAAUACAAGAGCCGAAACAAG